AAGUAUGAAUGCAAUUGUGUGUGAGGUAAAAGAGGACGCCAACGAAAGCAGCAAAGUUAUGCCAAUAUAGAAAAUACUUACACAACAAUCCAAACAAUGAAAAGUGGCAGUCAAACAAAGCAGAGAUGUGUGAAGAAAUCAAAGCGAGAGAGAUAGGAAUGGAACAAAAAAUGAACUGAAAACAGAAACCAACAAAAAUGGCCGAUCAGCUGUUCAUUAGAAUUUGUGUACGGAUACAGCAUUGAUGGUGUUUGUGUUCAACUCUCAAUCAAUUAAAAUUUAUUUAAUAAGACAUUUUUGUCAGACAGUAAACAAUCGACCCGACCGACGAUUAACUGAAUCACAGGGAAGUUUCGAUUAAAAUCAACAAACAAAUCAUUUCAGUUUAUUGUACCCAUACAUACAAAAUCUGAACGUCAAACAAUGAAUUGUCGUGGACAUCGUCAUUUGUAUACGGAUUGCAAUUAGUUUUCGGAAAAUUUGAUAAAUUGAUUUUCGAUGUGAUUUUAAGUCGUUAUUUAAUUGUAUUUAAUUUGUUGACAUCUGAUAAAACGUGAAAAGAACCAUUCAAAUUCAUCGAUGGCAGUGGUUUUGUUGAUAGUGUGAUAAUUCUUUUUUUUUUAUUUGGAAAACACAGAAAAGAAAAACGAAAAAGAAGAAGAAGAAGAAAACAAAAGAAAAUAAACAGAACAAAAGAAAUAGAGCACGAUUAGAACGACGAUAUAUAAAUGUGAAUGAAUGUGCAAGGAAUUUGAUGUGUGCUAAAUGACAAAAAUAGAAAAAUCGAAUGAACAAAAUAACACAAAAAGAAUGGGCGAGUAAAGAAAAUCAAAGUAGCCAUGCUAUUGGUCCGUAAAAAAUGGGUACUAUCGCGUCAGUGCUUCAAUGGACUUGUAGCAAUAAAAAUUGCCGAUAUAUCAAUCCAACAGAGUCGUUGAAGUGCAUUAAUUGUGGUAAUAUUCGUCGUAUUAAAAUACCAGCCUAUUUGGCGUCACCCGAUGAAUACGACGAUGGAUGCGAAAACGACAGCAGCCCCUCCGAACGGACUACCACUUUAAAUUCAACCAUACAGCGGACGAAAACAACGAAUUCCGAUCCAUGCGACGAAACACUGCCUGGAUAUGUUGAAAUUAAUUCAAACGGACUUAAAUCGAAGCGUAUUUAUAAAACAUUAUUACGUAGUCAUCACAAACACAAUUCCACCGAAUCGCAGCCACAAGAAUCUUCGUCGAAUCAUAAUAGUAAUGAGCAUCACGAAGCUUUAGUGCCAUUGCAACGUUCGAACAGUACGCCAAGCCUGAAACGAUGCUGGUUGUGUCAAUCAUGCAAAGUACUCAAUAAUUCGGUCACAUGGCAUUGUCUUAAUUGUGAAUGUGUCAGUGUUGUAGCGCCCAUUUACAAGGACACUCUACAAAAAGGAUGCAUACGAAAUGAAUCACCAACCACUGCAAUCGCCAAGGAUACAAAUCUAAGUAACAACAACGUUAGAUCAAAAUCAAAGCAAAAUAUACCAAAUUCAAUAUCGUGCGGUAAGUUGGCAAAAGUUGCAAUGAAUCAAUCGUCAUUAAAUGAUUUUAAUCGACCAACAAAUCGAUUUUCGCAUCGUCAAAUGGACCUGUGUCCGGUAUUAGUUGCAUCGAAUUCGUCAACCGGUGAUUGUUAUGUGAAUCAAGUGAAAUACAACGAAGUGACACGUUAUCGUCCGGUUGGUGGACUAUGUCCAUUGAAUCGACACCUUGAAAAUAAAUCACUACCAAAUAUUGCCGAUGCAUUUAAAUUAGAAUCGAAUAUGCCGCCAACCCGAGAAAUGUCCGAACAUUUAUUUGGCGAACGAAUUUUCACGGUUAAUAAACCAAAUGCAUUUACAACAGUUGUAACAACAAAUCAUGGCAUCAAUUCAGCACGCAAAGCACUUACGCCAAUGCAUGAUAUUCAUAAGUUUACGCGUUAUGCAACGAAGUCAGCUGUACGCGAAUCGGUUGUUAAGAAAAUGUGCACACCAGGCGAAGCAUGUCGAAUGUGCAAUUUGGGUCGAUGUCAAAAUGAUACAUUUUCCAUAAAUAAAAUUCCAUCUGAUUUGGAUACAAGCCGUUUUACGAUUACAACACUUUCACGCAAUAAUGCGGUUAAGUCGAACGAUAACAAUCAAACGCUUAGUCGGAAUGGUGGCGUUCUGAUUGCAGUCCGUGAUUGGCCAAUGGAAAAAAGUGCAGCACCAAAGAAUAAUGGUCAUUCAACGGUGACACCCAUGUCACCCGAUACAUACUAUGAAAUUCUUCGAAAUCCAAACAAUAACACGGCCGUCGAACAAUCGAAUAAGGAUGGCAAUCGAAUGGUUAAACCACAAACACACAUCUAUGAAAAUAGUAUGUCACCGAUAAAACCUGAAAGUAACGGGCCUAUUUAUGCUGUUGUGAAUAAAAUGAAUAAAACGAAAACUACAAAACCACAAACGACAGCUCAAUCAAUAAGAUCACCCGAACAAACAAAAUUUACAUACAUCGGUAUGAAUCCGCAUCAUACAUCAAGCAAUGUGAAAUCAAAACCCGCCGCAACGGUUGAUGCAGAUGCACUAUAUGCAUCGAAUAAAAACUUACAACAUAAUAAUAAUCUCAGUAAUAAUAAUAAUGGAGUUGUUGGACUUCAGACCAAUGUGAUGCCUAGUUUAAACAGCGUGAACAAUAAUAAUGGCGUAACAUCAAACGAUUGCACACCGCUUACCCCUGCAACAAAUACCGAAUUCUCGACGAAAGUAUGGAAAGGCAAUAAAAAACCAAUGGAGCCAAAUAAAACCGUUAAUACAUCACAGCAGGCACAAUCUCGUUCGCCCGAGCUUUUAUCACAACAGACGGCCGCACCACGUAUGUGGACGUGUACCAAAUGCUCAUAUAGUUAUAAUCCACUUUGGGCUGAUAACUGUGAUAUUUGUAGUGCGCGCCGUACACCGCCGUCACUGACCCAACCCAGCCUAAUAACGGUUACGAAGGAUAAACCAACGGCCAGUGUUGACAUCGAUUCACGUUCAACAACAACAACAACAUCGGAGGAUCAAAGUCAAGUUAGCAUCAACAAUAAAACCGAAACAGUUAAAUUUACACGUUCAACGGAUAAUAUUGUUGAAGUUCCGAUGGCAUCUUUUGAACAGGAUUUAGAAGACGACAAUUUAGAUGAUACGGUAGACUAUCCACAGGAAUGGACUUGCAAAAAGUGCACAUUGGUCAAUACAAACGUCAAUCAAACAUGUGUGGUGUGUGGUGGAUCAAAGUUAAAAAGCGUUUCGACAUUUGAAGAGUUGACACUUCGCAAAGGACACUAUUGGGUUUGUACGCAUUGCACUUUGAAAAAUGAAAUCUCAACAACAAUAUGUGCGGCUUGCAAAUCGAUCAAACAAAUAUCCGGACAACAAACCAACUAUCGACCAUACACUUCGACACCGGUGUCAAACUUAAAUAAUAAAAAUCGACCAAAUGCAAUUGGCACAUCAUCGUCACAGCAUGUGAUCGGCGGCGGCGGUGGUUUAACACCACCUGUUCAACGUGUUUUAAGAAGUCCAUCGCCAAAGUACGAUAAAACCGCUUCUGGAGCCAUUCCAAAGAGACACAGCACUGGUGUAAUGAUUGGUAAAGCAACAAAUAUCAAUCACAGACACAGCGUUGGACCGAAUACUACUGCAACGAUUCCGGUAAAAGUGUGGCACUGUCCUGCGUGUACGUACGAAAAUAAUUCGGCAAGCGUUGUAUGCGACAUCUGCUCAAGUCCACGUGGUUUGGCAAAUAGUUCGAAGUCAUCGAAUGACAUGAGUUCAUUGCGGUAUGAGGGCACCGUUACGAGCGAAACUUCGGUUGAUUUAAGCCGAAAGGAGAGCAAACUUAUGGAAAAUCUUCGGCGAAAAGAGGAGAGCGAAGCUCGUACAAAGUGGGAAAAUAUAAUUCAAUACUGCAAAGAUAAUCUGGAAACGUUUGUUGACGACUCAUUUCCGCCGGCUCCAAAAAGUUUGUACUACAAUCCAAGUUCGAAUAUUGAAGCAAAUCCAGUGGUACAAUGGCGACGACCGCAUGAAAUAAAUUGUGAUGGUGGUUCAUUUCCACCGUGGGCCGUAUUUCGCACUCCACUACCAAGUGACAUUUGCCAAGGUGUUCUUGGAAAUUGCUGGCUAUUGUCAGCUUUAGCCGUGCUCGCCGAACGUGAAGAUUUGGUUAAAGAAGUGCUUGUCACGAAAGAUAUAUGUCCACAGGGUGCCUAUCAAGUGCGUCUGUGCAAAGAUGGAAAAUGGACCACAGUAUUAGUGGAUGAUCUCUUGCCGUGUGAUAAGCGGGGUCAUUUAGUGUAUUCGCAAGCGAAACGAAAACAACUUUGGGUUCCACUCAUCGAAAAGGCGGUUGCAAAAAUUCACGGGUGCUAUGAAGCCCUUGUUUCGGGACGAGCUAUUGAAGGGCUCGCUACACUGACCGGUGCACCGUGCGAAAGUAUACCUCUGCAAGCAAGCUCACUGCCAAUGCCAAGCGAAGAUGAGCUCGACAAAGACUUAAUUUGGGCCCAACUGUUGAGUUCGCGUUGCGUUAAAUUUUUAAUGGGAGCAAGUUGUGGCGGUGGCAAUAUGAAAGUUGACGAAGAUGAAUAUCAACGGAAAGGUUUAAGACCACGGCACGCAUACUCAGUUUUAGAUGUUCGAGAUAUUCAGGGUCAUCGUCUAUUAAAACUUAGAAAUCCUUGGGGCCAUUAUUCCUGGCGAGGCGAUUGGUCGGACGAAUCAAAGCUAUGGACUGAUGAACUACGUGAUAUUUUAAUGCCGCAUGGCGGCUCCGAAGGCGAAUUCUGGAUAUCAUUUGAGGAUGUUUUGAAAUAUUUUGACUGUAUCGAUAUAUGCAAAGUUCGAUCCGGUUGGAAUGAAGUUCGCUUACAAGGAACGUGUAAACCACUGUGUUCAUUAUCAUGUGUUUUGCUUACUGUAUUGGAACCGACAGAAGCCGAAUUUACACUAUUCCAAGAGGGACAACGAAAUUCCGAAAAAUCACAACGAUCACAACUGGAUUUAUGUGUCGUCAUAUUCCGCACUAGGUCACUAGCCAAUCCAGAAGUUGGACGUUUAGUUGAACACAGCAAACGACAAGUUCGUGGAUUUGUCGGUUGUCAUAAGAUGCUGGAAAGAGAUCUCUAUCUGCUAGUUUGUUUAGCUUUUAAUCAUUGGCAUACAGGGUUGGACGAUCCGUCGCUUUAUCCGCAAUGCGUGCUCGCCAUUCACAGUUCGAAGCGGUUAUUAGUUGAGCAAAUUGUACCACCGCCAUUCAUUUUGGCGGAUUCAAUUAUCAAUUUAACGCUUGCAAAAGGUCAACGACAUGAGGGCCGUGAAGGAAUGACUGCCUACUAUUUGACCAAGGGUUGGGCAGGCUUGGUGGUAAUGGUUGAAAAUCGUCAUGAAAACAAGUGGAUUCAUGUGAAAUGUGAUUGUCAAGAGAGCUAUAAUGUUGUAUCAACACGUGGCGAAUUAAAAACCGUUGACUCAGUACCUCCACUGCAAAGACAAGUGAUCAUAGUCUUAACUCAGCUUGAGGGUAGCGGUGGAUUCAGUAUUGCACAUCGAUUAACGCAUCGUUUGGCCAACUCACGUGGAUUACAUGACUGGGGACCGCCCGGUUCAACUCAUUGUCCACCGAUCGAUACAGUACACGGGCUUCAUGCACCUCGUUUAAUCACAUGAUGUGAUAACAAUUCCAUAUAAAAACAAACAUUAAUUAAAAAAAAAAAAAA